UUCCGCAUAUCAACUUACAAACACAACCAACCCUGUUAGAGAUAUCACACGACUAUUACAUCUUGUCGUGCGCACAGCUCAACACCAGACACAAGUAACAUUCUCGAGUCUCGGGUCUCGGUAUCAGGAUUAGAUAUUGAAUCUUGAGACAUAUCGAAACGAUAUAGAGCUCUAAUAACAAUAUGGCUUCGCCUUUGGUCUUUCUCUCGCCUCCUCAGGCGAGCCUCUUCCAGUUCCCUCCGUACGCAGAGCCGCAAACUAUUCCUCCACUACAAUCCGAUUACCCUUUUACCAUACCGGACAGUUUAUACCUCAAUGCAUUAGAUCCCAAGGUUCCAAUUACGAUUGCAACUGUCUACGCUGUUACCGCCAAGGCACUCAACAUAUACAACAGGUCCACGGGGAAGAAGCCAUGGGCUAUCAGUAAGACUCGAGCAUUCCGCGUCUUCGUCAUCUUACACAAUGUCUUCCUCGCCGUAUACUCGGCAUGGACUUGGAUUGGCAUGUUUAACGCUCUUCGAAGUGCACUAGUGAGCCCUGCCGGCCCUAAUGGCUGGGCUGGGACUGUCGACAGUCUCUGCAAAUUCCACGGGCCCGCUGGUCUAGGAAAUGCCUUCAGCUUCAACCACAACUCGGGCACUUGGGAUUCUAUAUCGGGGGUCGGCUCUUUGGGAGCUGAUGGUGCUCCUGGCCGAGAUGAUGCCGGACGACUUUGGAACGGGGGCCUCGCUUUUUACGGCUGGCUCUUCUAUGUUAGCAAGUUUUACGAGGUUAUUGAUACACUUAUCAUUCUCGCCAAGGGAAAGCUCAGCUCGACACUUCAAACCUACCACCACGCAGGUGCCAUGAUGGCUAUGUGGGCCGGUAUUCGUUAUAUGGCUACCCCUAUCUGGAUUUUCGUAUUCUUUAACUCGGCCAUCCAUACUCUCAUGUACACAUAUUUCACUGUGACUGCUUUCAAUAUUCGCGUCCCCACCUUCAUCAAGCGUAUUCUUACCUCGCUUCAAAUCACUCAAUUCGUCGUCGGCGCUUCUUGCGCCAUGAUUCAUUCGUUCAUCUCGUACUUGGUACCCGUCCAGGUCGACGCUCAUUCCGCUGGUGCCCCCAUCAUUACUUCCCACCCUACUGUCAAUGCAACCAGCGCAUCUAAUGCUGUCGUUGAUAAUGUGAUGAAGAUGCUUUUCGGUGCAGCUGGAGCUGCCGGUGCAGGUGCCGUGGUGUCUCCCUCAGGAUCUCACUCUACACCUAUCGAGUACGCGACCCAAUACCAGAAGGUUGACUGCAUUACCACCAGCGGAUCCACCUUUGCUAUCUGGCUCAACGUCGUCUACCUGCUUCCUCUCACCUAUCUAUUUGGGUCGUUUUUCGUAUCAAGCUACUUACGGCGUAGCAAGGCCGAAGUGGUGCGAGCCAAGAGCAACCCAGACCGACGUAGAAGCAACGUUAUUCUGGCAGAGAAGGCCAGCUGGGAUGCCGCCAAGGGUCUCGAGCGCGAAGUGUACGGCGAGAGCAACGAGGGCGCGGUCGUGGAAGACAGCGAUGAGUCUACUGGAAACGGCCGACUUCACCCGUCGUCUGCCGCUAGAGCAACCAAGUACUAAACGUUUCCCACGAAUGGGACCAGCCAAGCUUCAUUGCUAGCUGUGACGAUGAUUAUAAACAAAAGCCCAAGGCGCCACCGGGACUAAUGGGAUUUGCAGCAAACCGGGCUGCGGGAAAAAAAAAGAAACCCUUGAAUCAAAAUACGAAAGAGCU